GUUUGUCACAGCCAGCUUCUGAGCUGCUUCAUCUUGUCUAGUAGACGCUCGUUUCGUCCAUCCGCCCAGAGAAUUCACAGAGCCCGGCGGCGCCACAUGGCUGGCGUUUUGAGGAACUCUUAAUCUCAGCUCGACGAUCAUUUUCUGCCUCAGCCAAACCAACCAGCUAGAGGUCUGCCCGCUGCCGGCUGCUUAGCUCUGCAAUACCCCCACCAUCUGUGCGACGCCUGGGGGGGUUGUUUCUCUGUCCGGCGACUGAGCUCCCACGACAGCUGGUCAGCGUUUGUUGAAACCUUUUCAUUCUCGACUGUUUCUUCUGAAUUCUUGCGAGGAACUGAGCCAACAAUGAUUUCUGGGCGAGGGGGAGCGGGGGCUCGGGGUCGCAUCCGCCCACCUCGUCGGAUUGUGCGUCAAAACGCACCUGGCGAGGGAUCCGAUUUUGAAGCAUGUUGGAACAUGAUCAAGGAAGCGCUGCGCGAUAUCCACAACAAAAGCUGCGGUCGCCUCUCUUUCGAAGAGCUAUACCGAGCGGCCUACAAGAUUGUGCUUAAGAAGAAGGGCGAGGUCUUGUACGAUAAGGUCAAGGAGUUUGAGGAGCAAUGGUUUGCCGAGCAUGUUAUUCCCAAGAUCGAAGUCUUGGUUACCAAAAGCCUAAUCAAUAUCGGUAUGGACAUUUCGUCGUCGACCUCUGUCAACGAGCGGAGACAAACGGGUGAGAAGUUUCUCAAAGGCCUACGGGAUACGUGGGAAGACCACAACAUGUCCAUGAAUAUGACAGCAGAUAUCCUCAUGUAUCUUGAUCGAGGAUACACGCAACAAGAGCCACGUCGAGUGCCCAUCUUUGCUACGACCAUUGCAUUAUUUCGAGACCACAUAUUACGUUCUUGUCUUAACGCGAAUUCCGAUAGUUUGAUUGUGGAUAUUCUCAUUUCCGUCAUGCUGGAUCAGAUCGACAUGGAGAGGCGCGGAGAUGUGAUUGAUCGAGCCCUCAUCCGCAGCUGCAGUCGCAUGCUGAGCUGCCUGUAUGAAACCGAAGAUGAAUCGGAGAGCAGCAAGCUCUAUCUGACCAUCUUCGAGCCGCGAUUCCUCAGCAAUAGCGAAACAUUCUAUUCGAGAGAAUGCGAACGACUGCUACGAGAAUCUGACGCUAGCACAUGGUUGCGACACACUCAAAACCGGCUUAUUGAGGAAGAAGAUCGAUGCGGUACCACUAUUGAGCUCGAGACACUUCCCAAGGUAUCACAAGUGGUGGAUCAGAAACUUAUAUCGGGCCACCUGGGUGAUUUCCUUGCCAUGGAAGGCAGCGGCUUGCGGUGGAUGAUUGAUAACGACAGGACAGAUGACCUCAAAAUUUUGUAUUCACUAAUCUCGAGGGUCGACGAUAAAAAGACAGCCCUUCGCGAGAUAUUGCAAAAGCGAGUUGUGGAACUAGGAUUGGAGAUUGAAAGUGUCUUGAAGAAUACCGACUUUUCGACGGCACAAGCCGAUGGCGAAGAAGAGGGUGACAAGGUGAAGACGCUUAAUCCCGCCGCACAACAAACUGCCGCAGCCAUCAAAUGGGUCGACGACGUGCUUCGGUUGAAGGAUAAGUUCGACCAUAUGCUGGCAAAUUGUUUCCAAAAUGAUCUUGUGAUUCAAACUGCACUGACUAAGAGCUUCGCCGAUUUCAUCAACAUGUUUAAUCGGAGCUCGGAGUACGUCUCUCUCUUCAUUGACGAUAGUCUCAAGAGGGGCAUCAGGGGCAAAACAGAAGAUGAAGUGGAUGCCAUUCUCGAAAAGGCAGUCGUCUUGAUUCGUUACUUGCAAGAUAAAGAUCUCUUCCAAACCUACUAUCAACGCCAUCUCGCGCGAAGGCUUCUCCAUGGCAAGUCGGAAAGCCAUGAUGUUGAGAAGCAAAUCAUAUCACGCAUGAAACAGGAGAUGGGACAGCAAUUCACAAGCAAAUUCGAAGGAAUGUUUAGAGAUCUCGUCACGUCCGCGGAGCUAACAUCAACCUAUCGCGACCACAUACGCAAUCUGGGAGAUGAGAGCCAUACGGUUGAGUUGAAUGUUAAUGUCCUCACAACCAACUAUUGGCCACAAGAGGUCAUGGGACGCUCCGUCCAGCUUGAUGAAGCACCAAGGAUGCAAUGCACCUACCCGCAGGAAGUCAAACGGCUGCAAGCUAGUUUUGAGCAGUUCUAUCUGACAAAUCGCAAUGGCCGAAAGCUCACAUGGAUUGGCACCACCGGCAGCGCUGAUAUCAAAUGCACGUUCCCGGCCAUUGAGGGGAAAUCCGGUCCAUUGGCACGAGAGCGUCGUUAUGAGAUCAACGUGCCUACUUUUGGCAUGAUUGUGUUGAUGCUAUUUAACGAUUUGAAGGACGGCGAGAGUCUGUCAUUUGAGGAAAUCCAAGCCAAAACAAACAUUGCAACGCCAGACCUCACACGGGCACUUAUGGCAAUCUCUGUAGCGCCAAAAUCUCGCGUUCUGGCCAAAGAUCCGCCGACAAAGAAUAUCAAGCCUAGCGAUAAAUUUUCGUUCAAUACCUCUUUCCAAAGCAAGACGAUCAGAAUCAAAGCACCCAUCAUCAAUGCCAUUUCCAAAGUGGAGGACAAGGAGGAGCGGAAGUCGACGGAAGAGAAGAACAACCAAACUCGGGCCCAUAUAGUGGAUGCAGCGAUUGUAAGAAUCAUGAAGGCCCGUAAGGAACUCAGCCACUCGCAGUUGGUGAGCGAAGUUUUGUCUCAGCUGGUAGGCCGCUUCAAGCCUGAGGUAACCCUCAUCAAGAAGCGAAUCGAGGAUCUCAUAGUGCGAGAAUACCUCGAGCGCCCAGAUGAAGACGGAGCGCCGUCGAUGUACCGCUACAUGGCUUGAUUAAGAGGCCACGGUAUUCUAUCUCACAAAUAGGAAUUUGGGCAAGGGCUGAUUCUGACGAAUUAUGACUAUGGUUGCUUUUCUUCUUUUCAUUUCUUUCAAAAUUCGGCAUGGCGUCUAGAGCAAAAAAGUGGAUUAAGCUAUUCAUUUUACAUAGUAGUACAUAGUACAUAGGAAGGCAAGGCAUGCUUCUGUAGCAUGGCAUAGCAUGAGGUCGUGUGCAGAUGAGAUUCCCGGGAGCAGAUAUGCAUCUAGAUGGGCUGCUUUGUAGAUUUGUUUGCGGAGAGAAGACAUCAAUGGCUUGCAGCAUCAAGGAAAAUAUUAGGGAAGACAGUGGAGUACAUAAAUAAUACAAUAUAGGAUAUUCUU